AUGCAACUCGUUUCACACAUUACAACAAUUGCCGAUUUUAUAAUUAUACCACUUUUGGUUUAUUUAUCAAUUGCAAAAGUGAAGGAUGGCUUAUUUAAAUAUUUUACGCUUAAUUUAAUGGCAAUUUGUUCGUUGAUGACCACAGCUGAUCUAGUAGCAGAUGUAAUAGAUGUUGUAGAUAUGUUCGUUAAAGUAGACAAAAGUACAAAAUAUUUGUAUCAAAUUCAACACUUUGCACGGCAUUUUCUUACUUUGGGAAGCAUUUGGUUUCAUGCCUUAGCUCUGUAUGCAGCUGUUAUUUGUUAUUUACCUUAUGCAAAUCCAAUUUUCUAUACGAAACAUUUUGUAAACAAGAGUCAAAAACUUCAUUAUGUCAUUCUUCAUAUAUCGCUAUUUUUGUGGAACAGUUGCAUAUACUUAAUUAGAAAACAAUUUUCAAUUGUUAUGCCAUAUCACCUAACGCAUCUUACAUUAUUCAUCGCUUUGUUCACUGUUGCUGUGAUGGCAUCUGUUGAAAUUUACAAAUACAAACCGCCCGGAGUAAGCGCUGUUUGUGUUGGGAAGUUACGACGAAAACGUUUAUUUUCAUUUGUUAUUUACAGCUACGCCACUGAAAUUGUUGUUUUACCACGUUUUUUUGCCUCAUUCGUAAUAGUAAUUUGCGCUUCUAUUCGAUGCCAAUGUCAAAUUAAAGGAACGGUAUUCUACAGCGUUAUGAGUACAAUGAUUCGUAUUUUCUACGAGUCCAGUUCAAUUGCCAUCGGUCUAAGUACCAUUGUCGCUCUUGAACCUUAUCGCCAUGCAAUCCUUUCAAUAUUUCAAAAGCAAAGGUUGUCAAUCACAAAAGUUCAACCACUAAACGCUAUUAAUGUCGACAAUAUCAAUAACAUCGCAAUGUUUGUGCAUAGCAAUAUCGCAACGUUAAAAACAAAAAGUAAUAUUAACUGA